ACUGUUUUUAAAAAAAAAGCUUCUUAAAAUGUACAUUUCAAAACGUUAGACGAAACAGGUCUGUUUUAUAUCACAAAGGACAAAACAUCCUCCCACUAAGGGAAUUCUAACUAGAGACUGUCUUGGUGAAGUCUCGUGGCAGAUGGACACAUUAGUACGGUUUGCCUUUGUGAAAGUCCCGUUUUAGAAGAACAAAUAACUAGCUCCCACUGAGGGGAUUAAAACUAGGGUUUGUCUUUGUGACGAUCCUGUAGCAGAAGGACAAAUUAAUAACUGCCUGCCAAUGAGGGGAUUCCAGUAAGACUUUGUCUUGGUUAAAGUCCCGUGACAGAAAGACAAAGACGUCUUUUCACCAAGUCUAUUCAAACUUACAUUUCGUUUGGGUAAAAGUCCUGUAGCAGGAGGACAAAUAACUAUCUCUCGCUAAGGGUAUUCAAACCAAAGACUUGGUGAAAGAGCCGUGGCUACGGCGGUUCAGACUUGGAACUGUCUUGUAAACAUCAUUUAACUGCAGAACAUUCACCAACAGUUACUGCCAGUAGGAUCUCUCCACACGCACAGCAAAGGUAUUCAAACAACCAAAAACUGUGUUAGUGAAAGACUCGUGUCUACGGUGGUUCUGACUUGGAACUAUCUUGGUAAACACCCUUUAACAGCAGGAAAAUCACCAGCAGCACGCACACACAUUAAAGGUAUUCAAACAAGACUGUUGGUGAAAGACCCGUGAUUACGGUGAUUCUGACUUGGAACUGCCGUAAUAAAACUCGUAAAAGCAGAACAAUCACUGUCAGUAUAGGAUCUCUUCAUACACACACUGCUAGACAGACAGACAGACAGACAAUGUUUCUGUGGACGAGUCUCAUUCUGCUGAUUGCUGGCUGGAACAGCUGUAUCGAGAGUCUGCCACCCGGUGCAUUCUGUGACGUGUCCUUUGAUGUGGAGCACAAGAAGGACCAGAGGCUGGUGGGGCACGUGGUGCACGUGUAUUCUGGCGUGAACGUGCUGCAGUGCACGACGACGUGUUUGACGACGGAGACACGGUGCCGGUCGUUCAACUACCACAGUGUGAACAGAGUGUGCGAACUCAACAGCCAGGACUCGAGACUACGUAAUAACUCUCUCAGGGCGGAGUCGGGGUGGAGGUACUACCACAGGAGGGUACCCACCAGUGAUAGCCUGCAGACGUAUGGAUCAGAGCAUUGUUUCAAGAACCAAUGCGCUCCCAAUAUGGUGUUUACCAAUCUCACUGGGUUGUGCUACUCUGUUGUCCUGACACCGCUGCUGACGAUGGACGGUGCUAGCACGUUCUGCACGGAACAGUAUGGACGUCUGGCUAACCUGAAGACGAAACAGCUGUUCGCCUUCAUAGCAGACUACAUCGUCAUAAAGUACGGAAAAUAUCGCCAGUUCUACAGUGGACUACAAGAAAUCCAGACUAGGUGGCAAUGGUCGGAUGGUGACGUAGCGAAACUAACAUAUCCUCCUUGGUUUUAUGAUCAACCAGACAAUUAUGCCAACCCUGAUGGUCCCGAAGAGUGCAGCAGUAUAGAAUGGAAGGCGUGGGAGUCUGAGCCGAGGUACGGCUUUCUGGACGUGCCGUGUUCACUCAACUGGAGCUUCAUCUGCGAAUACGAUCCAUGGGUGUACGCUUUGUGGUGAAAUGAGGAACCAACAUGUAGUGCUUUAUUGUUCAUUUACGACGUUCUUACGAGCUGAACUAUCACAUUGCACUUAUAUAUUACUAUGGUUUACUUCUCUUAAUACAUGUAAUUUUAACAAAACUAUGCGAAUACAUAUAAAUUUAUUUAUUUAAAAUUUACAUAACAUGGAUGUGGACAUAAACGACAAUGGUCAAGCAUAUGUAUGUAAGGCUUUUAUUUGUUCUGUACAUUAUUCAAUAAACGCGGUUUGUACAGUGCCGUUAUGUUACUUUCUUUUCAUUAAUCACAGCACCCCCGAAAAAGAAAACAAAGAGUACUGGUGAGGUAGAUAAUACACCCGGCAGGAGUUUGUUGGACAACCAUAAAUAUUAAUAAAAAUGUUACAGGUAUGAUUCAAUUCCAAUUAUGUGAAUAUAGACAAAUUAUUUGAUUUAUUUUUAUCACAAUAACCUAGUAAUUGUAUGCAACACACUACCAUCCCAAGUUGUUCCUACAUGUGAGGUUUGAUGGUCCUGUAUGCAUCUGUAUGCAAGAUAUGGUCCGGGGAAAAAAAGAGUUAAUAGACGGAUGUACGGACAAUGCCAAACCAUAACACGACCCAUCAUAGACGGGCGUAUAAAAAAAAAAAGAGAGAACCCCGAAAAGAUCUUCAAAGACGGUGCACACAAAAACACGACACCGCAAAACAAAGUGGUGUAAAAGCAAUGAGAGUAGAAACAUGGAUGACAGGCAAGAACGUUUAACGACCUCGGGUCACUCUAAACUGUGGCCAUUUGAUGAAACUUGGUCUACAGUAUAAGAGGACCACUGUUGCCACCACACAGGCUACUCCCUCUUGCAAGCGACAUUAUGUAUUUCCACACAGGAUAGUACAUAUUCUGGCACCAAGGUUGUACCUAGCUUAAAAUGUCCGGGGGAGUGGAGGGAGAAGUAAAAUAAAAAACAAGAGAUACAGAGGUGUUACUCAAGACAAAAAGACCACCACCACCCCCCUACCAAUCAAAUAGAUAAAUCCUGGGUACAAUAUCAAAGACAAUGUUCCUAUCACGAAGUUCCCAAGGAGAGGGGUAAGGGGGGAAUCUGAAAAACUUUAAAUUACCUGUAUUUAUUAAUGCCCAAGUUGUUUUAAUAUAUAUAUUAGAAUCUUGUUGGCUCAAAAAGAAAUGGCCGUAUACACCGCAACGCUCGAACCAAAAAUGUUUCAGAGUUAAACUUACAGGAUGUUGACCGAAUGGUUAGGUCGAACUAUCCGAUGGGUCGUGGAACACUUCCUUGAGCACCGACGAGGUUCGAACCAACGGGAUCCAACAGUAUAUAUAUAUAUCCUUAGUCUUUAAUUCCAAUGCCUCAAAAGAGCAGUGUCACUAACCACUCGCAACCAUUGAACCCUGUUUUGGACAAAUGGCUGAUGUGUGUGCCCAGUACAGUAUUCUUUAACCGUAAUAUAUAAG